AUUAUGGAGGCAGGGGGCAUGGUGCGCUAAAACCCAGGUGCCCAGGGUGAAACUAUAUGCCCUGUGUCCUCUAGGAGUUAAAAGAAGGAUCUGUCCUCUGGUCUACAGGAAAGGACCAAGAGUGGAGGGGUGGGAAUUCCAUUGAAAUGAACAGAUUCUACAUCAUAUAUAACUGCUCCAAUCAUCUGUAGAUCCUACAAGAUCCUGACCCCAAGGAAUGGAGGUGACUGAGAGGAUCCUAAACCUCACCCUGGAGAUCAUUUACCUGAUGACCGGAGAGGAUUACACAGUAGUGAAGAAGACAUCUGGAGAGUGUGUGGCCCCCAGCAGGUCAGGAGGAUGGAGCAGGGCCCGGGGCCCCAUCACGGAGCCUCCACCUCCCUCACUGAUACCUGAGAGGAACAAUGAGCAGAAGAUCCUAGAACUCACCCACAAGAUGAUGGAGCUGCUGACUGGAGAGGUUCCUAUAAGGUGUCAGGAUGUCACUGUCUAUUUCUCCAUGGAGGAGUGGGAGUAUAUAGAAGGACACAAGGAUCUGUACCAGGACAUAGUCAUGAUGGAGGACCACCGGCCCCCAACAUCACCACUGGAUGGAUCCAGGAAGAGGAACCCACCAGAGAGAUGUCCUGCUCCUCUGGAUUCCCAGGACUGUCAGGGGGGAGAGGACAAUGUCCUACAGAAUGAUCAGGCAGAAGAUUUGAUGGAUAUUAAAGUAGAAGUUAUUGAGGAAGAAGAGAUCUAUGGAUUGAGAGGUUCCCCCUGUAAGGAGGAGAAGAUUCCAGUAGAGAUCCACCCAGACAGUGGAGGACAUGGUUAUUCAGAAUAUUCUCUGGGAGGAUACCCUACGGUGCCAAUGAUUCAUCCCGGACAUCACUGCCGCGAUCCGUCCUCUUCUGCUUCUCACCAAGAUCAGCCUUGUCCUCUUCUUACAGACGUGACCGCACAACACAGAGGGGGGGAAUUAUUUCCUGGCUCGGAAUGUCGGAAACCGCCUUCCGAAUGUGUGAAAUGUUUUACUCAGAGUGGUGGUGUGUGUAAUCACCUGAUUCAUAAAGACUUGAAGAAGUUUUCAUGUUCACUCUGUGGGAAGUUUUUUACCCGGAAAUCCUAUCUUUUUCAUCAUCAGAGAAUUCACACCGGGGUGCGGCCUUUUCCAUGUGCAGAAUGCGGGAAAUGCUUUACCCAAAAAUCUGUCCUAGUUCAGCAUCAGAGAAUUCACACUGGGGAGAAACCGUUUUCCUGUUCGGAAUGUGGAAAAUAUUUUACCAUCAAAUCAAGUCUGGUGGAACAUCUAAAAAUUCACACAGGAGAAAAGCCUUUCUUAUGUAUGAAUUGUGGGAAAAGUUUCUCCAAGAAAUCAGAUCUUGUUAAACAUCACAGGUUUCACACUGGUGAGAAGCCAUUUUCGUGUUUAGAAUGUGGUAGAUGUUUUGCCAACAAGUCAAAUCUUAUAGCGCAUCAGAGGAGUCACACCGGGGAAAGGCCCUUCCCAUGCAUGGCAUGUGGGAAAUGUUUUACAAAAAAAUCUAUUCUUUCUAAACAUCACAUGUUACAUACAGAAGGAAGGGACUUUUCUUGUUCAGAAUGUGGGAUGAUCUUUACAAAAAAAAAUGAUUUUGUUAACCAUCAGAGAACUCACAUGGGUGAGAAGCUGUUUACAUGUAUAGAAUGUGGGAAAUGUUUCACCCGGAAAUCAGUUCUCAUUCAACAUCAAAGAGUUCACACAGGAGAGAAGCCAUUUUCAUGUUCUAAAUGUGGGAAAUGUUUCACUCAGAAAUCAGAUCUUGGUGAUCAUCAGAGAAUCCAUACAGGAGAAAAGCCAUUUUCUUGUUUGGACUGUGGGAAAUAUUUUACUAAGAAAUCAAGUUUGGCUCAACAUCAGAGAAUUCACACAGGAGAGAAGCCGCAUUCAUGUUCAGUUUGUGGGAAUUGUUUUACUCAGAAAUCGUAUCUUAUUAGACAUCAAAAAAUUCACACGGGGGAGAAGCCAUUUUCAUGUUCAGAAUGUGGGAAAGGAUUUACACAGAAAGUCGGCCUCGUAGCACAUUUAAAAGUUCACACAGGGGAGAAGACCCUUACACAUUUCGAGACCCCGAAACUGUACGACCAUGAAAGACUUGGGAUGGGGGAGAAGCCAUAGGUGAUAGAGGGCAGAUCAAUGUCCUUUUGCACCAGAUCUACAGGCGGCUGACUUCUCCCGGGCAGCCUCCAUGUGCAUUCAUCAGUUUGUUCUGGAUGGCGGGCGGGGUGAUGACUUGUGUUAUGAUUAGAGAUGAGCCAACUUACAGUAAAUUAGA